AUGUUAUGGAUCGCGCCCGCUUAUUACUCUGCUGUUGUCGUCUUCUGCAGCAGUAGUUUGUUCUAUCCAGUAGCGACUGGUAUACAACUUGACACCAAUCCGGACUAUGUUCCAAAUGCCAGUGCAUCGGUGCAGCGCGUGCAAUCAAAAUAUUCCCGCUACUAUGUCAACGCAUUUCACCAAGACGACAGUAACAGUAAACAAGGCGCCAUUGCACUCAGCGAAAGUGGGUACGAUCUCGAGUAUUAUGGAACCGUGUCUAUUGGGACGCCUGGUCAGGAACUGAAACUCAACUUUGACACUGGAUCGUCUGAUCUUUGGUUCGCAUCAUCCGGUUGUUUCUCGUGCGGACUGUUCAAAACCAGAUUCUACCCAAGUUUUUCAUCGACAUAUCGAAAAUCAGUUGGUGGAAAAUGGACCAUUGUAUAUGGUGACGGUACCCAUGCCAGCGGUAAAGUUGGUUACGAUACUGUCGAUCUAGGAGGACACAAGGUCCAAGGCCAAGCGCUUCAAUUGGCCACCUCUCGCUCCUCGAUCUUUAACGCAUGCCCCACCGACGGAAUUCUCGGCCUCGGUUUCGAUUCGAUAGCAACAGUGCCUAAUAUUGUCACUCCCAUGGAUAAUUUGAUUCGCCAGAAGCUCAUUGACAAGCCUAUAUUCAGUGUCUUUUUUGGAAAAUCGUAUCAAGGUGGUGGCGGUGAACUCUUGUUUGGCGACUAUAAUCCAAACCACAUUGCUGGAGACCUUACUACAAUACCUGUAGACAAUUCGCAAGGUUUCUGGGGCGUGACGAUUCAAUCUUUGAGUUACGGCUAUAGUAACAGCAGUACUCCUGCCAACGAUAACACUACCAACAACAGCGCCAUCAUUACUACUAGUUCAAAUACCACAACCAGCACUACCACUCCCAUUAAUGAUAAUAUCGUUGGUGAGAAUCUAUAUGCGAUCGUCGAUACUGGUACAACACUCUUGAUCUUUCCAGAUGACAUAGCACAUCAACUCGCAGAAAGGUACAAUGCAUCCGAUAAUCACGACGGCACCUUUAAAAUCACCUGCGAUGAAUCCAAACUAGAACCCUUGAUUAUUACCAUGGCCAGCACCCAUUUUGUCGUUCCACCAGACUCGUUGAAAUAUGAGGAAGCGGAUGGGACAUGUACCGCUGGUUUCGCUUAUGCUGGCAUGCCGUUUAGCAUUCUCGGUGGCGCAUUUAUCAAAAAUCAUUAUUUGAUAUUCAAUGUACAGAUGCCCAUGCUUCAAAUAUCCCCUUCAAAGCGAUAA